AUGAAAUUCUCGUUCCACUUCCGUAUUCCCUCGUCGGCUAAUUCAAUCAUUCAUGAGUUCCAGCGGCGGCGCGCCGGAGGCAUUUCAGUCAUAUCAUCCACAAUUUCCACUCGAAUUAUCCUCUUUUCCCCAGACGCGCCUACGCAUUGGAAGUCUCUACUCGCCGAUACAGCCGACCUCGAAUCAGUUGUUUCAGCCGACGGUCUCCCCAUUAUUACCGAUGAACGGCCCCCCCUAGACGCCGCCGGAUUUGUCGGUAUCACCGCGUCCGCAGCAGCGGCGACGGCGGCGCGCACGGGCGAGGGUCGGAGUGGACCACGUUCGAGAAAUGGGUGUUGGACUUGUCGCACAAAGAAGGUCAAAUGUGAUGAGCAGCGGCCAAAUUGUCAUCGUUGCACACGUCUGCGGCUUCUUUGCGACUAUGCACCUCGCGUCAAGCUUACGAAGAGGGGCAAGGCACGCAAAGAUCGGCUCUUUUCGUCUCACCCCGACUCAUCAUCGUCUUCCUCGUCGGCUGGAGGAGUUGGCACGUCACUCAGCUUGCCGACAUGGGUGCAGACAAUGUCUCAGCUCGAUCAGUCCAAGGCUCUAUCUUUGUUUAAUCCGUCGGCUCCGGGGAUGGGGGCUUGCUCACUUGAUCUUUCGUCGGCUGAUCACGAGGCAAUCCGGUACUUUCGCACAUCAUUCGCCAAACAGAACCACACCAAGAAUCCGGAUUACUCGCUGUACUCCAUCAUGUUCGACAUUGCCCAGACCGAUGCUAUGGUCAUGCAUGUGGUACUUGCUCUUGGGGGGCGGGAGCUGGAAUUCCGGCGCAAUAAAAAUGCCGAAGAGGCGCGUGGCCCAAAAACGCCCAUUCAGCAUUACUCUUCCGCUCUCCGAAUGAUGGCCGACACCAUCGGAGGUGAGGACAAUGGUCAGCUGGAUCUUGAUGCAGUCUGUACAGGAUUGUAUCUCAUGCUUCUCUAUGAACAAAAGUAUGGAGAUGGAAAGUGCCAGGGCUUGUCCAAUCAUCUCGUCGGUGCGAGUUUGAUAUUACAACACCGCUUCAAGGAUUUACUGCUUCAAUUACCGGCGCCCUCACCGGAGGCGAAUCGGAAAAGCUUAGCCCUCACGAGGCGAGGACAAGACGCGAGUGGUUCCCGCCUAUCACUGUACUCGGCAAGAAUGCUUGUUUGGAUCGCGCUACAUGAUGCCGCUGCCGCUUCAUACGGCCUUGGCGGACAACUCAACUGCGCCCUCCACAAAAUCAUGGGUGCCCUCGAUGGCCAAGUUAGCAGUGGAAUAUCCAGCCCGUUUCAACCGCUCGACGCCUUCGAGAGGUUACACCGUUUCUCCAAUCCACUUUACCGGAGUAUGUGGGCUGAUUCAUACCCCCAAGCGGAGCUUCUCGACGACGUGGAGAAUAGGAAUGUUUAUGCUCUUUUGGGAGCAUGCGGCCAAUUGCGCUUUAUGAUUGCUCAGCUCGCUAAUCUCAUACAUGAAGAUGAUGCCUCGCAGCAACACCGCGUCAUGGCUGUCGAUAUGACCAUUCAACAAGUGGGUUGGAAAUUCACCGAACUACUGGAGGUCGCAGCAGAGCUUUCCAUCAGCACGAAUAACUCACAUCGGCUAGUAGCCAACAUUCGCGGCAUUGUACCUCACUAUCAUGCCGUCGUUCUUGAAUUUCUUCGUUUGACGCGAUUUGAUGCCACGCCAAUGCUCUCAGCUCGUCAACGAAACGCUUUGCGAGAAAUCAUGAAUCUGGCUUUCCAGGCCUUCAAGCAUGAAGGCGAUGAGGCCAUGGCACGCAUUGCGUGGCCACUCUUCAUGGUUGCUCUGGAGACAGACGACUUACUGCACCGCGAAUGGGUUAUCAGCCGCUUUCAGGCUAUGAGUCGGUUCAGUAAGAACCUCGACAGGGCCCAUGUCUUUCUCAAGGACAUCAUAGAGAUGCAGAACAAUCUUGCGAGACGGGUAGACGUUCCCACCAGUAUGAGUUCGGUGUUUGUCCGGUUCCCCCAAGCAGGCUUGAGUAGCGUCGACGGCCGCGAUAGCCAUGUCCCUUCAAAACUAGAGUCCGGCAUUUUUCCCCGCAUCCCACUAGUCAGAGGCAUCGUAUUGGAACACGACUUCCGGCCAGACAGCUGUUGGUUCCGCGAUGACUUUACUAUCAACCCCACAAUAUCAUCGCAAUUCACGGGGGCUCUCAUCGUUAACCUCCUGCAGAAUUGCGUAUUCUCCUUUACCGCUCGCGAUUCAUUCAUCCUUACCUUCAAUAUGUCAGAGAAAGGUGGCAAGCCUCAUCUAGGCUUAGGCCCAGCCGAUGAGACAUUGAAAGAUAUUGGCGAAGGCACCACCUCGAUCCGAGGUCUGGCUUACGGCGAAGACAAGAGGAUUCUCCGAAGGAUCGAUUUAUGUCUUUUACCAGUAAUGGCCAUGUCGUACCUUUUCCAAUUUCUUGACAAAUCUGCUCUUAGCUACACGGCUAUCAUGGGCUUACGGGAUGACUUGCAUCUAAAUGGGUCCGAGUACUCUUGGGCAAGUAGUAUCUACUACUUUGGUUACCUUAUUGCUUCGUACCCUGCAGGAGUCAUGAUGGUCAGACUUCCUGUCGGCAAGAUGAUUGCGGUCUCGGUUCUUGCUUGGGGAAUUAUUCUUAUGAUCACUGCGCUUUGCUCCAAGGCUGGUGGUUUACUGGCAAACAGAAUCAUGCUGGGUGUUUCCGAAGCCGCCAUCGCGCCAGGCCUCAGUAUCGUUAUCUCCAUGUGGUACAAACGCUCAGAGCAGCCUCUACGACAUGGCGCCUGGUUCCUUGGCAACACUGUUGCCGGCAUCUUCGGGGGAGUUGUUGCCUAUGCUAUCGGUCACGCCGUCUUUCUUAUCUUUGGCGGAAUCACUACAGCCUGGUCAUUUGCAAUUUUUUUCCUCUUACCUGACACGCCGAUGAAGGCUCGAUUUCUCAGCGAAGCUGAUCGUAUCAAGGCCAUUGAGCGUGUCGAGGAAAACAUGACGGGAAUCAAAAGUGACAUGUUCAAGUUGUAUCAGUGCGUGGAGGCCUUGACCGACAUCAAAGCUUGGCUACUCUUCGGCAUUCAGAUCAGUGCCCAGAUUGCCAAUGGUGGCGUCCAUGGGUUCGGAUCCAUCGUUAUCAAAGGAAUGGGCUUCAGCACUCUCAACACCCUCCUUGUGCAGAUGCUGGGGUCGGUCUUUCAGCUCAUAUUUGUCUUGAUGGCCACUGGAGGAAGCACCUACUUCCGCAAUAGUCGCACCUAUUGGAUGGCACUAAACCUUGCCAUCUCUAUCGCUGGUGCUGCUAUGGUUCGCCAGAUACAAUCAGAACUCAAGUGGGCACGGUUUAUGGGGUACUGCCUGACGAUCGCGUACAGUGCCAAUUUCCCCAUGAUCCUGUCCAUGUCUUCUGGAAACUUUGGCGGAUUCACCAAAAAGACUACAGUGAAUGCGAUGAUUUUCAUCGCCUACUGUGCUGGUAACAUCAUCGGUCCGCAACUAUUCUUCGAGUGGGAAGCACCGUCUUACAGCUCUGGUUUCUUAGCCAUGUUGAUAUGUUAUAGUCUUGGAGUCCUGAUGUGCUUCGUCCUUCGUUACUAUCUAGUGUGGGAAAAUAAGCGACGCGACAGCAUUGGAGGGGAGCUUGACGCAGGCGUUGGAAAUGAUGUGUCUCUGAACCUACUUGAUAAAACGGACAAGGAGAUUCCCCAGUUUAGAUAUGUCUACUGA